GGCUCCGCCGCAACGGGGAGCAAGGCGCCGAUUCAAUCCACCUCCCUCCUCCCUUUCCCUAUCCAAGUCUACCUUCAAUGCACCUCGUUUGUUGUCGUCAAUUCCUCGUCUUUUUAAUCUGCCGCUCGCAAGGACGCGGCUUGCUCUGCCAGCAGGCAUCGAGCUUCUCGUGGUCCCCGGUGAGCAGCCAUGAAGACCCAUCGCCUCGUACUUCGCCGUUCCGGAGGCCUGAUGCCAUCCGGAAUCCCGAGCAAGCCGAAGCUCGGCCUUAGAGUUCUCGGAAUCUUCUCGGCAUGGCCGAGGCUUGCGUCCUUUGCGCCCGUGAAAGCCAGCUCGGGCGUCGGGGACACCUCCGUCUCGCAUUCGACCAUCGUUCCCGCUUCCGCGGCCGAACCGGGGCAUCGAAGGGAUCCCGUGCUGGGUUCUUUGGAAGUUGAUGACGUGGAAGAGAAGAUCGAAAAGGUGAUAUAUAGGUGUCGAUUCUUCGCGUUCCUCCCGGUGGCUGGUUCUCUGAUGGGUUCCAUAAUCUGUUUUCUCAAGUCAGCAAUCUUAACAAUACCAAGUGCUGUGCAGGGUUGCACAUAUGUGAUAGAUUCAUUCGGAGAAUAUUUUUUGAGUGGUGGGAAAGUGAUUCUGAUGUUGGUUGGAGCCAUUGAUGUCUAUCUUAUUGGAACUGUGAUGCUUGUGUUUGGAAUGGGUCUCUACGAGCUCUUCAUCAGUAAUUUUGAUAUAGCAAAAAUGUCCUCCUCUGGAUCAAACCUGCUUGGAUUAUUCAAACUUCUGGAACGACCUAGGUGCCUGGAAAUAAAGUCAGUCAAUGAAUUGAAGACUAAGGUGGGGCACGUCAUAGUGAUGGCUCUAUUGGUUGGGAUGUUUGAAAAUAGCAAGAAGGUCACAAUAUCUUCUCCAGCAGAUUUACUAUGCUUCGCAGCUUCUAUUCUGCUGUCUUCAAGUUGCCUUUAUCUUCUGUCAAAGCUUCAUGCCACCAAAUGAAUUUCAGUACUGAAAGCACCUACUUCAUCUGGAAGACUUGUUUGCCAUAAGUUCCUCCAUCAAAGCAUAUCUCUUCAAUGAAAAAAUCAGAUGCUUCAGUGGUACUCACCAUUUUGGAUCCAUUCACAAACUCAGGAAAUUGCUUGUCCUCCAAUCCAACUGGCCUCAGCUGGAUGGUAUGUCCUAUUCUUUUAGGUCUUUUGAAUCAGUAGGCCAUGAACGCAACUGUAGCCUUUGGAUUUCUAAGCUUAGUGCAGUCUAAUCAAGGACAAUAUUCCCUUUGUCAUUUCACUUUGUGGUCUGGUCUCAACACAUUGUACUUUGUUCUGGAAGUUCCACCUCAGAUGUCUCCUGACACCUGACUAUGAAUGGAAAAGAUACUUGGCUAUCUUACUAAGUUUGCCAACGAAUCUAUCCUAAGCCUGAAAGGAUCUUGCUUGUCCUUUGUUUACUGAUACAAUUGAGACAGUGGGUCCUGAAACCCUAACAAGCAGGCCAUGCUGCAUAUUUUAUGUUAGUGACUUGGCUUCACUAUUUAAAGAAGGGAUGUUGCAGCACUCAUUCCACCUUGCAUCCUUCCUACCUCUACCUUCAGUCUUGUGACUCUCAUCAGUUCAGCAGCUGAUCCUAACCCUAAUCCAUGGCUCUUUUGGCCAAACAUGUCUCGCCUGUAGCAAAGCUGAUCAUUGCCAUUCUCCU